AUGCGUCGUUCUCAGGGCUCGUUCGGUGGUCUGUGUCGUGGCCCAGAUCUCUGUCCCGUAGCAAAGUGCCGGGAGAACGGUGCUGUCGAAGAGGUCUUGAUCGAGCUGCGUCUUCCCAUUGUACGUCUCAUUGUGCGAGGUUCCUUUCAAGGGCUCGAUGCGUCGUUCUCAGCUCGAUGCGUCGUUCGAGAACCCCAA